UCGCACAUGGAAAUGAAAUCAGGUCAUGAACUCUUGGAAUGUUUUUAUUUACAAUUUAAAAUAACCUUAAUUGUUUGUUUAUCUAAAUUUUAAAAAAGGAUAUGAAUUCUUCGUGAGGUUUUAGAAUUUCAAUGAAGAAAAAUUUAUAAUUUAUUUAUUAAACAGGUAAUAUAAAAAAAUAUGAGGCCGGAUGCAACUGACAAGUAGCCAGUUUUUAAAUUGUGGAAUAAAUGAAAUCCAUAAGUGGCUGAGGAAGACAUUUUUUGAGCAGAGCCUAAACAGUUUACGUUAGGAGGUACGACGAUUGAAUUUGUGUACUAAUUAUCAUGUAUGAUGGAGUUGUUGAUUCUAAAAUUCUAACUUAUUGCGCACGAGGUUAUCUGUUCAAUUACAUGUCUAUUAAAUGUAAAAAUAUCAAUAUUUAUAGUUUUUUAAAAUUAUUUUCUACUAUUAUUCAUCAUACAGUGAUAAAUUAACAUUUAAUAUUCAUUUUUAAAAAUAAAAGAUCAUAAUUAGAUCUUGAAAGUACAUAUUCUUGGAGUGAUGAAAUUAUUAUAAAAAUAAUGUCAAUAUCAGUUUACAAAAAAAGACAACGAGCUACGAUGAAAAGUAAUGAGAACAGGCGCUAGUCAAAGUAACUUUAUUUAUUUAUAUUUUAAAUAUGGAAAAACUAUGUUUUAUUAUAAUAAAUAUUUAAUUUAUUUAUCUAGAUAAUAAUUUUAGUUUAUUAAAACUUAAUAAUCGCACAGUAUAAAAAAUAUUGUGUUAGAAUCAACAUAAUCUGUGGGUUAGAAACGAUCCGCAGAAUAUUUGCGUUGAAUUUCAAUGAGUGCCAAUGUACCAGACAUCAGAAAAAUUUUAAAUUAUAAAUAACUUGAGUAUUUUUUAACCCAGGUUCUUUGUUGAAUUUUAACACCACAUGGAAUAAUUCCAAAUUAUGGACCAUUAUGAUUUUUUUUUAUAUCCAAGAAGAAACAGUAAAACUAUGAGUUACCAUUACAAUUUUCGAUUAACGACAAAGCCAUGGCGAAAAAAUUUAUAUGAAAAUCAUGGAUUACCAGAUAAUUAUACAGACAGUUCAUUUUUACAUGAUCUUCGGAAAAAUAUAAAACCAAACAAUGUGACUAUAAAUGAAGCAUUGACAUUAGGGGCCAGUAUAUCGAUACAAUUGAGUAUCGUUAUUUUAUUUGUAAUGGUAUUUAUUUGGCUUAAAAGUGAAUGGGCGACUCCAAAUAAUAUAUUUAUUUAUAGCACGUUAUUAACAUUAAUUGGUUACUUAAUUUAUAUUAAAAAAUUUCCAAACAAUAUUGCAAGAGUAUCAAAAGAUUCACGUACAGCUUUGAUAUUUUUAGUAUUCGGUUAUAUAUUGUCGCCUGUAUUAAAAACAUUGACAGAAACAGUAAGCACUGAUACCAUUUAUGCAAUGACAAUAUUCAUGUUUUUUAUUCAUUUGGUAUUUAGCAAAUACGGCUCGCCGCCGGUAUCGUUAUCAGACUCGUUAUCAAUUACGUCAUCUAUUUUUGGAUCGUUGAUGUUGGCAUCGCGUUUGAUAUCGCCGUUACAUGCAUUUUCUCUACUUACUGUUGCUGUGCAAUGUUUCGUUUUGUUACCAUUCUUGUUAUCUAUUAAACAGAAUAAUAAUAUUAUUAUAUCAUUAGUGUUAACUUUAGUAGCAUUGUAUUAUUUGAUUACUGUAUCAACGAUAUUAUCUUUGGUAUUUAUUAUCGCAACUAUUUUUAUUUCUGUCAUUUGUCCAUUGUGGUAUGUAAGGUGGCAAAAAUAUAAAGAGAAUAUUUAUGGACCGUGGGACGAAGCUGUUAUUACUAAACAAUAAACUGCUAUUUUUAAAAAAAUUA